AUGGGCGAGAAGCUGGAGCUGAGGCUCAAGUCGCCCGUGGGGGCCGAACCCGCCGUCUACCCGUGGCCGCUGCCGAUCUACGACAAACAUCAUGAUGCUGCUCAUGAAAUCAUCGAGACCAUUCGAUGGGUCUGUGAGGAAAUCCCAGACCUGAAGCUGGCCAUGGAGAACUAUGUUCUGAUUGACUACGAUACCAAAAGCUUCGAGAGCAUGCAGAGGCUGUGUGAUAAGUACAACCGGGCCAUCGACAGCAUCCACCAGCUGUGGAAGGGGACCACGCAGCCCAUGAAGCUGAACACGCGGCCGUGCACUGGGCUUCUGCGGCACAUCCUACAGCAGGUCUACAACCACUCAGUGACCGACCCCGAGAAACUCAACAACUACGAGCCCUUCUCACCCGAGGUGUACGGCGAGACCUCCUUCGACCUGGUGGCGCAGAUGAUCGACGAGAUCAAGAUGACUGAGGACGACCUGUUUGUGGACCUGGGCAGCGGAGUGGGCCAGGUCGUGCUCCAGGUCGCAGCGGCCACCAACUGCAAACAUCACUACGGAGUCGAGAAAGCUGACAUCCCAGCCAAGUACGCGGAGACGAUGGACCGCGAGUUCAGGAAGUGGAUGAAAUGGUAUGGAAAAAAGCAUGCCGAAUACACACUGGAAAGAGGUGAUUUCCUCUCAGAAGAAUGGCGUGAGCGGAUCGCGAACACGAGCGUUAUAUUUGUGAAUAACUUUGCCUUUGGCCCUGAGGUGGACCACCAGCUGAAGGAACGCUUUGCAAACAUGAAGGAAGGUGGCAGAAUCGUGUCCUCCAAACCCUUUGCACCUCUCAACUUCAGAAUUAACAGUCGAAACUUGAGUGAUAUCGGCACCAUCAUGCGCGUCGUGGAGCUGUCGCCCCUGAAGGGCUCGGUCUCCUGGACAGGGAAGCCAGUCUCCUACUACCUGCACACUAUUGACCGCACCAUACUUGAAAACUAUUUUUCUAGUCUGAAAAACCCAAAACUCAGGGAGGAACAAGAGGCAGCUAGGCGCCGGCAGCAGCGUGAGAGCAAGAGCAACACGACCACUCCCACCAAGGCCCCAGAGAGCAAAGUGGCGGUCCCUGUGGACACCCCCAUGGAUUCUGGUGCUGAGGAUGAUAAAGCCGGGGCCCCCACUCUCAAAAAGCCAUCCCCCACGAAAGCUCGAAAGAAGAAACUGAACAAGAAGGGUCGGAAGAUGGCUGGCCGCAAGCGCGGGCGCCCCAAGAAGAUGAACACUGCGAACCCCGAGCGCAGGCCCAAGAAGAGCCCAAGCACACUGGACCUCCUGCACGCGCAGAGCGCGCAGAGCGCCCCGGCCUCGCCUCAGGAUGCGUACAAGUCACCUCACAGCCCGUGCUACCAGCUACCUCCAGCCGUGCAGCGCCACGCGCCCAGCCCGCUGCUGGCAGCACCUACUCCGCCCGCGCUGCAGAAGCUGCUAGAGUCCUUUAAGAUACAGUACCUGCAAUUCCUGGCGUACACCAAGACCCCACAGUACAAGGCCAACCUGCAGCAGCUGCUGGAUCAGGAAAAGGAGAAGAAUGCCCAGCUUCUGGAGGCUGCACGGCAGCUCCUCAGCCACUGCCAGGCCCAGAAGGAGGAGAUCCGGCGGCUCUUCCAGCAGAAGCUGGAUGAGCUGGGCGUCAAGGCCCUGACCUACAAUGACCUGAUCCAAGCACAGAAGGAGAUCUCAGCGCACAACCAGCAGCUGAAGGAGCAGACAGAGCAGCUGGAGAAGGACAAUCGUGCACUGCGGGGCCAGAGCCUUCAGCUGCUCAAGGCGCGCUGUGAGGAGCUGAAGCUGGAUUGGUCCACCCUGUCCCUAGAGAGACUGCUGAAGGAGAAGCAGGCCCUGAAGAGCCAGAUCUCGGAGAAGCAACGUCGGUGCCUGGAGCUGCAGAUCAGCAUCGUGGAGCUGGAGAAGAGCCAGCGGCAGCAGGAGCUCCUACAGCUCAAGUCCUACGUGCCUGCUGAUGACACGCUGGUUGCGCACCUGCGUGGGAAGGGCGCGCAGAGCCGUGAGCCUGAGCCCGAGCCUGGCCGCCUGCACCUGGAGCUGGACUGCACCAAGUUCUCGUUGCCUCACUUCAGCAGCCUGAGCCCGGAGCUGUCCAUCAACGGCCACGUGACCAGUUACGAGCUGUACAAUGCACUCAGCCGGCCCUCCUCUAAGCAAAACACCCCGCAGUAUCUCGACCAGGACGUGGUGCCCUGCACACCCAGCCACGGGGGCCGACCCCGCCCGGACAAGCUGUCCGGCCCGACCCUGCCCGACUACACACGCCUCUCCCCAGCCAAGAUUGUGCUGCGGCGGCAUCUGAGCCAGGACCCUGCUGCUAGCACGAAGCCGGCUGCCGGCGAAUUGCACCCACGUGCGGAUCACGUCAAGGAGAAUGGUCUCAGCUGCCAGAGCCCCGGCAUCUCCAACGGCAUCAAGCUGAGCCCGCAGGAGCCUCGGCCCUUGUCCCCCGUAGCCCUGCAGAUGACCACAGUGGAGAAGAACACUGAGAAGGGCCUGAAGGAGCGUCCGUACGGCAGCGGAGGUGAGACCAUCACCAGCCUGCCGGUCAGCAUUCCCCUCAGCACUGUCCAGCCCAAUAAGCUCCCGGUCAGCAUCCCUCUCGCUAGUGUGGUAUUGCCCAGCCGUGCGGAGCGAGCGAGGAGCACGCCCAGCCCUGUACACCAGAGCCGAGACUCCGCCCUUGACAAGCAGCUCAGCGCUCACCCCCACAGCGGUCCAGGCAGUGCAGCUGGAGGCCGAGGCCUGGCCCUGUCUGCCGCAGGUUUCUCCUAUGCUGGCUCGAUGGCUAUCAGCGGGGCCCUAGGGGGCAGCCCUGCUCCCCACGCCCCCGGGGCCGAGCCACCUACUCUGGAUGACUCCUCAGGCGCCGGCAGCCUCUUUGCUCCCAUGAGUUCGCGCAGUGCUGGCCCAGCCUCCCCCGCUGCCCACCAGCUCUCAGCAAGUCCCCGGCUCGGCGCAGUCUCCCUGGGCACUGUCUCUGACGCUGUUGGCAGGAGUGAUCUGAGCUGUGACACAGGUUUCUCCGACCCCGAGAGUGAGGCCAAGCGUAGGGUCCUCUUCACCGUAGCGGCUGGCACAGGUGGCGCCCGGCCCUCCCCCUCCAGCAGGCAUAGUCCCCUGGCCACCAGUGCCCGUGGGGACAGUGGGCAAGGCCACGGGCAGGACAGCCGGAAGCGGGGCCGAAGGAAGCGCUCGUCUACGGGCCCCACCAACCUGAGCUCUGGUGUGUCCCCCAAGCGCCGAGCCCCGCCGUCAGUCGCUGGGCUCUUCACACAGUCCUCAGGGUCUCCACUGAACCUCAAUUCCAUGGUCAACAACAUCAACCAGCCGCUGGAGAUCACGGCCAUCUCAUCCCCUGAGCACUCCCUGAAGAGCUCGCCUGCCCCCUGCCAGGACCCUGACCAGCCCCCUGUGCUCAAGAAGGAGAGACCGCUGGGCCAGGGCAGUGGGGUCCACUACUCUCCGCUGACAUCGGACGAGGAGCCGGGCUCUGAGGAUGAGCCUGGCAGUGCUAGAAUUGAAAGGAAAAUUGCAACAAUCUCCUUAGAAAGUAAAUCUCCUCCCAAAACCUUGGAAAACGGUGGUGGCCUGGCCAGCAGGAAGCCGGCACCAGCCGGUGAGCCUGUCAACAACAGCAAGUGGAAAGCCACCUUCUCGCCCAUUUCUGACCUUGGCUUGGCUAAGUCCGCAGACAGCCCCCUGCAAGCUGCCUCCUCACUCAGCCAGAACUCUCUGUUUGCGUUCCGGUCGGUUCUGGAGGAGCCAGGCGCCACCGAUGGCAAAGGGGCCGCGCACCCCAGGAAAGGCUUCCAAGGCUCCCUGGUUGGGGUGGACGGGCCCAGCCCGAGCACUAACACCCCCAACGGGUUCACCCUGGGCGGGUCUCUGACCACGGAGCUGGCUUUACACAGCUUCAGUGAGGGUUCUCCCCUGGCUCACAAGGCCCCGGAGGCUGCAGGGCUGAGCUUCCCCUCCCAGCGGGGCAAGGAGACUGGUGCCCCAGAGGCCAACCCCUUCCUGAGCAAGCGGCCAUUGGAUGGACUGGGUGGCCUGAAGGCUGAGGUCAGCAAGGCCCGCGAGGCCAGCGAGCUGGGCACUCCAUCUGAGAAGUCUGUGCAGCCGCCUGGCGGGAAGAUGGGCCGAGGCCGGGACCGAGAACUCGACUUCAGCCACGGCCACAACCUUUUCAUCUCGGCCGCUGCCGUGCCGCCUGGGGGCCUCCUCAGUGGCCCUGGCCUGACCCCAGCUGCAUCCUCUGCCCAGACACACCGCCCUUUCCUGGGCACCUUUGCCCCCGGCGCACAGUUUGCCUUGGGUCCCAUGUCCCUGCAGGCCAACCUGGGCUCAGUGACAGGCUCGUCUGUGCUGCAGUCGUUGUUCAGUGCUGUGCCGGCCGCCGCUGGCCUGGUACAUGUGUCAUCAGCAGCCACCAGGCUCACCAACUCACACGCCAUGGGCACCUUCUCUUCCGGAGUCGCGGGCGGAACUGUCGGAGGUGUCUUUAACCACGCGGUGCCUGCUGCGUCUUCGCAUCCGCUCGGAGCCAGUUUCGGCAGCGGGGCUGUCUGUGGCAGCGCCACGCUGAGCGUAGCCCCGCUGCAAGCGGUGGCCAGCACCUCCGCCGCUUCCUUUCAGGCCCCGACUGUGGUCGAGACCCGGCCACCCCCUUUGCCUCCUGCUCAGCACCUGGGCCGGGCCCCUCCUCCCCCCCCUCCUCCUGCGCAGCCCGGCCUCCCGCCCCCUCCGCCUAACUCCGCCUUGCCUCCUCCCCCGCCGCUGCUGGCGCCUAACUCCGAGCCUGUGUUUCUGCAGAGCCUAACGGCCCUCCCCGCUAACCACGCUUUCUUGCCCCCUGCCUCGGCCGCUUCCCUGCCGCCUGCUAAUGCCUCUUUGUCUAUCAAGCUCGCCGCCCUGCCGCACAAGGCCGCCCGCCCCUCCUUCACCGUCCACCACCAACCUCUGCCCCGGCUGGCCCUGGCGCAGGCCACGCCCCUCCUGCCGCAGGCCUCGCCCACCGCACCCGCUGCGGUCUGGGUUUCCCUUGGCAUGCCGCCUCCUUAUGCCUCGCACCUUUCGGGGGUUAAGCCGCGAUAA